AUGACGGAUGCGGCGUCUAGCGACAGCCGACCGAUGUUCAACAAGAAGAUGCGGAAGCCGUCGAUGAGGUUUGGUCGCGCGGGCGCUUCCGUCCUCCAAGAUGGGUCAGCCAGCCUUAUUGCGGGGGUAGACGAGGAGGACGAGGAGGAGGCUGAGGGAGGGGCGCGCGGUGGCGGGGUAGAUGGCAAGUCUUCGUCUCAAACGAGAAGACCUUCCCAGUCGGGCAAUCGCAGGAGGCCCUCCGGCGAAAGCCGAAGGGGCUCGGCGGAAUCCACUUCGGACCAACGGCAGCGGCAAGGCGGGGCACAGCGGCGUCGGUCAAGCCGGCCUUCCACCCAGGUGGAAACCCGACGGGCUAGCGGCGACUCCGGCGGCCUUUCCAAGAGACGCGGAGCACCCCCGAUGGGACCGGUCCCGUCCAUGACCGACGCCGCCCUCAAGGACCUGAUCGAAACCUCGCUCAACGAGGAGAAGACCGCGAGAGCACCGCUCCUCAGGACAUCCACCUCGCCCAACCCCACACCUCUCAAGGUGGUGCUAAUGGGACGUGUGCUGAUCCCCUCCUCCAAGGGGGCUUCCAUCCCGACGGGAUCCAAUGGACGAGACAAGCCCAGAGCCAGCCGAUCAAGGGUGCACUCUGUCUGCAUAGUGAUGGAAGACAGGACCAGCUCGGCGGGCUCCUAUUGGUCAGGCUCCGUGAGAGACAUCACCGUGCACCCGGGCCCAGAAGGCCGUGAGUUCGCGGAGAAGACAGUCGUGACGAACCGUGGGUGGAACAUUAAGGGGCUUUCUGGUGUUGAGAAGAGAGAUGGGACCCGGGAGACGGAGGGAGCGGCGUUUACCCUCACCUUCGAGACAGGCCGAAGCUCGUCCCCGACGGCUGUCGGUCAAGAGUCCAGCUACACCUGGGAAGGCGUUAACGCGGCGGCGUGCGACGAGAUCCUUUGGGGCCUGCUCACGCUCAACAGGGCCAUGCAGGAGGGCGACGAGCUCGAGCCCGUCAACGUCAGCCUGAAGGAGUUAGACGCGACCGCGGUGUACCACGGCUUGGCCACUAAGCACCCACUCGUCCCAAAGCUGGCCAGACAAAUGCGAGCGGACGAGCGCAGCCGUAACCGAGGGGAUGGGGGCUCCGCAGCCAAUGUCCUAGGGGGGGGGCUGGACGGGGGCGGGGGCGGCCAUGGAAGGCGGCCUUCCGGCACCGGUAGGCGGGGGAGCGACUUGUCGAGGUCGAGUGUGGAGAAGGCCCGGCGUUCUUCGAAGGGCCCGAAGUGGGACUACGAGGAGUUCGAGCAGGGGGAGGCGGUGCUGGGGCGGUUGAAGUGGCUGGAGAAGGGGCGGGAGGGCCUGUUGGAGGAGCUCUCGGACGAGCUGGAGGGCUUGGAAGGGAGUACAAUACACCAGCUCAUCGCUUGGUCCGAGAAGACCGCUGAGACGGAGACGUUGAUCUCCAUGCUCGACGAAGUGGACCAACAGCUGCAAGUCAUGGAGGGGUGGCUGGAGCAGCACGGCAAGCCUCUCGAGGCGAUGCAGGUGGACAUGGCGGAGAUCGAGAGGAAGAACAACAAGCUAGACGUCCAGUGGAGGAACUACCAGAACCUUCACGAAUACCUCAAGCACCUGGUGGAGGCCAUCUCCAUCUCUCCCAGCAACGAGUCCAUGCUGCGGAACCCCCAGGUCGUCCUCGACGCGGCUCUGAACCCCAGCGACGAGGACCCGACUCCAGCGGUGGAAAAGGUCGUUGCGGCAGCUGAGUCCCUCUCUACAGCUCUCGCCUCUAUCGAGCAGCUCGCCGCCCACGAGUCGACAUCCUCCCUGCAGCUGCUGGCUGACCAGCGCGCUAAGCUCAUGGGGCUUGCGGAGAUCACGUGCUCGCAACUCAUGGGCUUCUGCCGGCGGCUGCUGAAGAGACUGACCUCGCAGGAGGGGGCUGGCGGAGGAGGGGGGGGGGUUACCCCCCCGGUCAGCGGGCCUCCCAGCAGGGACAGGAGGAACAGCGGGGCCGCGGACACGUCGACCCAGCGGCUGAUGCUGGCGCAGCGACAGUUCCACGGGCAUCUUAUCGACUACGAGCUCAUUUUCGCCCAGGUGCGCAAGCUGGACGAGAGCGGGCAGAGAAGCAUCGAACUGCAGGCGGCCUAUGCGGAGGACCUAAACCAGGGGCUGCUCAAGUCUCGAACCAAGAGCUACUUCGCGGACCUGAUCCCACGGAUCGUGUUCCACCACAGCAGCCCGGGUUUGGCUUCCAUGGAGCGUUCUUUGAUGGGGGACGGUGCCGAACCAUCCCCGGUCACGCCGGGACCCACGAUCUCGGCGGUGCAGCUUACCCCCGUGGCGGCUUUGAAGCAGUGCCUGGAUCAGAUGAUGCCUGCCGUAGCCAGGGAGCAGGCCUUCUUCAGCACCUUGUUCGGCCUCGAUCCCGCCAAGGAGCCCCACGACAGAGACGCCGUGCACAAGAUGCUGGAGGUAGGCUUCGGGGAGCUUAAGGCGCAGCUGAAACAGGCGCACCUCGUUACCCUGGGCAUCCUCAUGGAGUUCAAGGGGCUGCUCAUGCACCGCUUCGGCAAGUUCAUCAAGGACCAGGUGUCUUGGAUCCAAGCCCAGAGGGGCGACGCGAAGAAGGCGGGCAUUCUAGCCGCCGUUGCGAAGGCCCCGACCCUGCUCAAGAGGCUCCAGGCGGCUUCCAACGCUGCCGUGGUUGGCACCAGGGGCAACGCCAAGGCCAAGGAACAGGACGAGGGAGGGGAGGCCCAAAAGGCCUACCAGAGGUUGGUGAUCGCGCUGUUCGAGCACGUCGAAGAAGUCGCGUCUAGGAACCCGAAAUACGAGCACAUGGUUCGGCUGGAGAACUACCACUUCUUCGCCGCCACGAUGCGCCCGCUAAAGGUGCAGGUUCUGAGCGAGUACGUGGAGCAGGCGGACAAGCUGGAAGAAGUCUCUACCACGAGGUACCUGGAAUGGCUGGUAGGCUACCAGUUCCCCGUCCUCACCCAGUUCUUCGCCAAGGUCGAAGACCUCGUCAUGACGGUGGGAGCGGCGGACGUGACCUACCACGAGCCGAAACGGAACCUAGAGGCGACGCUCAAGAGGCAGGGGGACAUGAAGGUAAUUUCGGAAGGGUUGAAGGCGACACACCAGCGGAUGGUCAAGCACGUGACCAAAGAGGGCCAGCUGCUGGGACCGCUGUGGGCGAAGCUCUCCGACACGCUGUUCGCUAUGUUCUCGAGGUACGAGGAGCUCUGCACGCUGUGCUACCAGCACACCCUCGACCCGGGAGCCGUUGCCGUCAAGCGGGCGGCCACCGAGAUCGGCGGCGGAGGGCCCCCGUCCCGCAGCGGCGGCAACAACAACAACAUGCCGAGCUCCACCAACGGCGGAGGAAGCUCAUCCCGCUUAGACGACGGCGAAGAGAGCGGCCUCGCGUCCCCCUCCUCCGCCGGUGGCCGGAGCUUUGGCGGCGGCAGCGGCGCCUUCGGUGGAUCAUUCUCUAGCCUAACCUCCCCGACCCACACGGGCCGCGACAGCUCCGGGUCAGGGGUGUUCGGGGUUUCGGGGAGCGGGGCGCACACGCCUCCCGGCGGUGGUAGCGGGUUGUCGUCGCCGAGAGCCGGCGGGGGCAAUUCUCCGGUGCAUCGCGGGAAGCAGUUCUUUGCGAAGCACUUGCGCAUGUGAUGGGGGGAAGAAAGGCGGCUUCUCUCUCUCUCGUCCAACUCUAGAUCCGCACCAGUGAGCGAUCUGAGGCGAAAUGUGUGAUGGGUACGAUUUCUUGGCGAUGCGGCGCGGGCGGGAAGCAAGGUCUAGGGGGGGUAUAUAUCCCAGAAGCGGCACAUGUGAUCCUGAGCGGAGCCAGAUUCUAGAUUCGUGCACGUGCAUAGGAGACGAUAGUUUUGUCAAUGUGUUUUUUGCUCGUCGUGGGCAACGUUUCUUUGGACGGUUGUCCCUUUUCGUAACAAGGGACGGCCAAAAGACGAUUCCAUAAGAAGUCACCUCAGGUGUUUGAGUGUUGCUAGUUAGCAGUUGUGUUUUGCUGAGGCGGAAAGCCGGGUUUCAUGAAGGCGAUGUCCCGCGUUAGGCUUGUAAAUUGUCUCGGAAAGACCAUUAUGGGUAAAGUCAGCAAGGUAUCAUUCUUUCCGGCUGUUGGUUCAACGCUGACCGCUACACAGCGCGACUUCUGGCGACGGGUUAGUUAUCCGUUGACUUCAUACCUUUGGUUAGUAGAAUCUUGUGGAGCAUCGUACUGACUGUCGGGUGACUUGCAACUCUGUCGUUGGUACAGGAUUAUCAUUCUGAAAAAGGAGCCUGCAGCAGAUCGAAUCAAGAGUCAGCAGCGUGA